AUGAAUUUCUUUCAUCCACUUUUGCAAACCCUUCAGUGUAAGAAUCGCUAUUCUAUUUGUUUAGUCAUGCGUUUCAAUCUUAGUGCAGACAGACAAUAAACCACUCUGAAUCUCCUUAAUCCACCUAUCAAAGUCGAGGAGAAUGACUAGCACCUCCCUCCCAUCUAUCAAAUGACGUAAUAGGAACUACUAUAACGACAGAUGGUCGACUCGGCAACUCAUGGGCUAUAAAUGUCGACUCUUCCCAAAGACUUGGACCCACCAAAAACAAUCAAUAAGAAAAUAAGCAAAAAAGCCAAUACUUGUGGCCAUCCAGACAAGGAACAUUAUGCCAAGGGAAUGUGCAACAAUUGCUAUCAUCGAUUGGGCAGAAACAAACAACCUUGGCUAUGCUCACACAAAAAACUAUAUGCAUGUGGACUCUGUUAGAAUUGCUACAUCAACCAAUAUAAUAAAAAAAGAAGAGUCGAAAAUCAAGAUCAAUUAGAGUCAGAACUUAACAACUAGUCUGGCAUACCCAAAACAGACAAUUGAUUCUUCAUUUUUAUAUAAUUUGUAAUUUUUUUCAUAUCUUUUUCA